CCAAUUGCUAUUUGUCUCUUGUAAUCACCAUUUCAUAGCCUUUCGACAACAAAGGGAAAGUUAAAGCUUCUAUUUUCACAAACGAUAUCACCUUUAAACUUUAAAUUUUAAAUUUAAUCCAGCGAAUAGGCAGCAAAUCUGCAAUUAAACGAUGUCAGAGUACACAUCUGUGAAAGUUGGAAAGCUUAAAUUAAAGGGAAGCUCUGAUCGUAAAUCGAGUUCAAAGAAGCACAAGAAGAAGCGAAAGAGAGAACAUGAAGAAGGAGGGCAGGCUAGUAGCGAGAAAACAAAAGAUGCAGAGGAACAUGGUGGCUGGUGGGCAGUUACUGAAUUCCGAAACAUCAAGGGAAAUGUUGCAAUAGAAAUGGGUCCAAAGACAUUUCUCUUUUCAAUGGACAAUGGUCUCUUCACAUUAGGAGCUCCUCACAAAACUGCUGUGGAAGGUCCAGCACCCCCAGAGCAGAUCACUGCCAUCCCAAUGUCCGAUACUAAGAUAGCCUUCAAGAGUGGCUAUGGCAAGUUCCUCGGUGUGGAUGAUAAGAAGAGAGUGGUCGGCAGGUCGGAUGCCAUGGGACCAAGGGAACUCUUUGAACCCGUUUUUCAAGAUGGUAACCUUGCUAUGCUGGCAUACAACAACUGCUUUGUGUCAUGUAAUGAUGAAGGUGAACUGAUGGCGACAAGUACCAAGGCAGGACCUGAUGAGAUGAUAGUGAUAAGAAGUGAUGAGCCUCUGGUGAAGAAGAAAAAAGAUGAUCUGCCUGAGGAAGGAAAAGGUGACCUCAGGGAAUGUGAGGUCAGCUAUGUGAAGAAGUUUCAGAGUUUUCAGGAUCACAGGAUGAUCAUCAACGAAGGAGAGAGGACAGGUCUCUCAAACGCUAGGGAGAAGGGAAAGUUGCAUGAAGCACUUCUAGACAGGAGAGAGAAGAUGAAAGCUGACCGAUACUGCAAAUGACCCAUGCUGUCUGGUAUACUCCACUGUUGCAAUCUACCUGUCUGGUCUCAACCCCGUAGGUGAGACCUGGACCGGAAUGCUGAACUUUUCCCUGUGGUCCAGCUGAUGUAUGCUUGGCUCAAGGAAUCAUGAACUAUAUCCGAUUAGUCUUGAAAAAUCUGCUCUGGUGUGCAGAAUAUUACAUUUGAAGCGUACCUACACUCUUGGAAAGGAUCCUUUCUGAUAGAUGGGUCAAUUUAUUGUGUCUCGGCCUAGAUAAUCCUUGCGGGCAUCGAUUCAUGAAUCCAUCAAAAGUACAAGUUCAUCAACAUCCAAUUGAAAUGCCUUUAUUGAAGUUUACACAGGUUUCCAUGGGAUUUCAUUAAACUUGUACAUGUGCUUUUUGAAGACUUUUCACUUAUAGACGUCAUUAAAAUGUUAUCAUAUCAUUUUCCCUCUUUACUCUAUGUAGUCG